GCCCAUUUUAGUCAGUCACUUAAAGAGUAUCAGAACAAAUGUUAGAGAAAACAAAUAAGAUAUCAUGUUGAUCAGUCUUGCACUCGUCGUUGCGGUGAUAGUACUUUUUUGGAUAUAUGCCAGUUACAAGGUGAGCUACUGGAAGAGGCGCGGUGUCGAAUACCUCACUCCCAAUCUAAUUUUCGGCAACUUUAAGGAUGCUGUGCUUUUCCGUUCCGCGCCGGGAUGGCACCUCGGCGAUUUGCACAAAAUGGCUCGUCCGGAUGCACCAUUUAUCGGCUUUUACAUCUUCCACAAGCCCUGCUUGCUAUUACGCGAUCCAGAUAUCAUAAAGCAUUUCAUGAUCCGCGAUUUUGAGAAUUUCUCCGACCGUCACUUUGCCGGCUCUAAUCAGAAAGACAGUAUUGGCAUGAAAAACUUAUUUGGUCUGAAGAACCCGGCCUGGAAAUAUCUGCGAGCUAAGAUCACGCCUACCCUGACGAGGGGCAAGUUAAAGCAAAUGUUGCCGUUGAUGAUGGAGAUCGCAGACCCGAUGAUGAAGUAUAUAGAAGACCAGCCGACGAAAUACAAUAAUGUGAAGGUGUUAGAUGCUCAAGAUCUCAAUUACAAAUAUACGACCGAUCUAAUCGCUUCAGUUGCGCUGGGUACAAAGAUAGAUUCCUUCUAUUGUCCGAACGAGGAAUUUUCGGCCGCAGUUCAGGAAUUCUUUUAUGGAUUCAAGAGGAUGGUUGCCCUCGUGACAGUCUUCUUUAUGCCUGAACUAGUGGAGGUAAUCGGUACAAGGAUGCUUUUCAACUCCGCCUUCGUCAGAAGAAUCUUUUGGAAUGCAAUGGAAAGUCGCGAGAAAACUGGUGAAAAGCGAGGCGAUUUUAUCGACUCGUUGCUUCAAAUAAAGAAUAGCGAACAGAAUCCCAUUUACAGAUUCGAGGGGGAUAAUUUGCUGUAUCAGUCGGGUACUUUUUUCUCCGGCUUUGAAUCGAGUUCUACGUGCACGUCCUUCACCCUCAUGGAAUUGGCGAAACAUCCGGAGUAUCAGGAACUGGCCAGAAAGGAUAUUAACAGGGCGAUUGAUAAGUAUGGUUGGACAUACGAAGCAUUCAAUGACAUGAAGUAUCUCGAACAAGCUAUACUCGAAGGCCUCAGGCUGCAUCCACCUGUGUCUACCAUCGACAGAUACACUCGUGAGGAUUACAAGAUUCCUAAUACUGAUGUCAUUAUCGAAAAAGGCACGCCAAUAUAUAUCUCUUUAUAUGGACUUGGAGUAGACCCCAGAUUUUGGGACGAACCGGAAGUAUACAAUCCCGACAGAUUCACUGAAGGCAAUAAAAUUCCCGAUGCUUACAUGACGUUUGGGAUUGGUCCUAGGAUGUGCGUAGGAAUGAAAGUGGGUCAGUUACAUGCUAAGGUCGUUUUAGCUUUGUUACUGAGACAUUAUGAGGUUUGGCAAAUCAAAGAGCAUACGAGCUAUCUGGACCCGCGUUCAACUUUCACGGCUGCAGGCAAUGGAAUUAAUCUACACUUCAAGAAGAUACAAUUUUUAUACGCCGAAAUUUGUAGAAAAUUUCGUGUUGCUUGCACGAAAAUGGCAAUAUUAACCGAAUGUGCCUGUUUCGAUACGCUUGUGAUAUUUUUAUCACUAUUCGUGACCUUUUAUCUGUGGAUGAAAUGGAAACAUACCUAUUGGCAGAGACGUGGUAUACCUACGUUGCCUGCACAUUGGUUCUUCGGUCAUUUUAAGGAUGCAAUCCUGUUGCGCAGACCGGCAGGAGCAGUUCUCGGUGAAUUAUAUCAUCAAGUUGCUGACAAAGAUGUUAUCGGGAUCUACAUUCUACACAAGCCAUUCUUGCUUCUAAAGAAUCCGGAACUAAUAAAACAGAUAAUGAUCAAAGACUUUAAUGUGUUCCCGAAUCAUCACUUCAAGGGAGCAAGCAAUUCCGACACAGUUAGCCAAUGGACUCUGUUCACCAUAUCAAAUCCUGAAUGGAAGCAUCUGAGGAUGAAAAUGUCACCAGUGUUUACGAGCGGCAAAUUGAAAAGCCUUUUUCUACUGAUGCAAGAGUCCGGAGAAAAAAUGAAAGACCAUUUGCGCGAACAAAUUGGAGAAAAAUCCCAAACUGUGCCAAUUAUUGUAAAAGAUAUAUUCUACAAAUAUACUACCGAUGUGAUAUCCUCCGUAGCAUUUGGCAUUCGAACGAAUUGUUUCAAUACCCCGCCGCCAGAAUUUUAUGAAAACUCACGUAAGGCUGUUUUGCAAACUAUCCGAAGGUCUGUCCAGUUCUUGUUCCUAUUCUUCUUACCAAAUAUCGGAAAAUAUCUAGGCGGUUCAAUGCUUGGUAAUUACACGGAUUACUUCCGCAAAGUCUUUUGGGACUCUAUGGACAAUAGAAGCGUUACGAAGACAAAACGGGGAGAUUUAAUUGAUUCUCUUUUGCAAUUAAGAAGCGAGAAGCCGGAUAAUAGUAAUAUUCAAUACGAUGGGGAUGUUCUUUUCGCACAAGCGGCAAUAUUCUUCGUGGCCGGUCGCGAGACCAGUAUUACUACUAUGACCUGUGCUCUUUUCGAGUUGGCUAAGCAACCGGACAUGCAGAAACGCCUGAGAGAGGAGAUCCUUAAGGAAAUUCAGGAUGCGAAUGGUGUAACGUACGAAGCGGUCCACAAUAUGAAGUAUCUGCAUCAAGUGAUAAAUGAAACAUUAAGGCUUUAUCCGCCCGCGCCGAUCCUCGAUAGGACUCCUGUCAGCGAUUACACAUUUCCAGGUACAAAGAUAACUGUCGAAAAGGAGACGCCAGUAUAUGUUGUGUUACGAGGUAUUCAUUCUGACCCAACUUAUUGGAAGGAUCCUAUGCGUUUCGAUCCCGAACGAUUUAGUGAUGAGAAAAAAAACGAGAUUGUACCUUGCACCUUCUUGCCUUUCGGAGAAGGUCCGCGAAAUUGUAUAGGUAUGCGGCUGGGAAUUUUGCAAACUGCCGUGGGAUUAAUAGCGAUUCUACAGGAUUAUGAGGUUACAUUAAAUCCCUCAUGGAAGACUCCCAUCGAUCGGCGAAAUAUAUUCACUUCACCACCAGCAGGAUUUCAAUUGAACUUCAAGAAGAUAUAAUGCGUUAGUAAUAAAUGUAUUAUACUUAUAAUUUUUUUGUUUUUAUAGGAUAUGCUUGAAAAAUAUUUGGACUGAUGGAUGUUAGGACAUAAAUGGCUUUCUGUAUAAUCGCUACAAUUAUUAACAACGUUCCUGUGUUAUAUCAUUUUCUAUUCAAUUUAUUACACUAGAUAUUUACUAAAUAAAAUUGCAAAAUUUUUUAAAUAUAG